GGGACAAAGAGCCGCAGGCAGUAAACCAAGCCCGAGAGAACGGAGGAGGGACUUGCCCCGGAGAGAGGCGGAGGCGCGGUGCACCUUGCGGGGAGAAGUUGCAGGGCGCCCGCCGCGGGAGGAAAUGGAAAAGUGCUGCGGCAACAGGUGCCGGACGAGCUCCAGGGGAGACCCCGGAAAGAGAGGAGCUGCAAGCAGUGUCUAGGUGCUCCUUUCCCCAAAAAAGAGAUCCAGCUGUCACAGGGGUGACCGCAGACGCCAAAUAACAGCAGCCCCUACCCCGGCUGGAAUCUUGUUCAACUAGGAGCAGUACCUGAGGCGGGGUGAGGCUUCAGGCAAUGGGAGGAGGCGCCAUGGCCUGGAACUCGCAAUGGGAACAGCAGGUGCUCUUUCUCGGCCUUACCUGGCUCUCCACAGGCUGUUUCUCUGUUUUGGUGACUGUGCCGGAUAGCGAACGUUAUACAACUUUAUUUGCUUCUGUGACUCUCAGAUGUGACUACAGCACCUCUGCGCAGCUACAGGAUGUGGUAGUUACCUGGCGCUAUAAGUCCUUUUGCAAGGAUCCCAUCUUUGAUUACUAUUCUGUUGCCUAUCAGGCUGGCCUAGCUAUUGGCCAGGAUCCUUCCAAUGACUGCAAUGACAAUCAGCGGGAAGUGCGCAUAGUAGCUCAGAAAAGAGGGCAGAAUGAGCCUGUGCUGGGCAUUGAUUACAGGCAGCGGAAGAUCACAAUUCAAAACCGCGCAGAUCUUGUGAUCAACGAGGUGAUGUGGUGGGACAAUGGAGUCUAUUAUUGUACUGUUGAGGCUCCAGGAGAUACAACAGGUGACCCAGAUAAAGAAGUGAAGCUCAUUGUUCUACAUUGGCUGACUGUGAUAUUGAUUGUCCUGGGUGGCUUUUUCCUACUACUACUGAUCGCAGUGUGCUGGUGCCAGUGCUGUCCUCAGCAUUGCUGUUGCUAUGUCCGCUGUCCCUGCUGUCCAAACCGCUGCUGUUGUAAUGAAGAAGUACUGGAACGACACCACUUCAUGAAACAGGCUCGGCAGCUUGUGCCAUGGAUGAAGCAUCACUCUCAGUCAUCUUCGUAUCAACUCAACCCACUCUUGCAGCGAGAUGUGUCUUUGCAGAGCAGUCAGCCACUGAUGCCUUCACUUGGCCAGGUGCCUGCAAACAACAAGGUCUUGGAUCUCCUUGAGUCGGAGAUCAAGAACCUCAGCCUAUCUCAGCCCCUGAUGCCUUCUCAUCAUGUUGGGGGCAGUCAGAACCCGAGUAUUCUGUCUUCUCUGGGCUCGGAGAUUGUGGAACGCAGGGUUAUUCACCUGCCUCCCAUUGUUGAACGCAUCCCGUCAUCUCAGAGAACCAGAAGUUCAUCGCAUCCACUUCAGUCUAUACGGACUCCUAGGCCUCAGAGCAAUGCAAGUGAAGAAGAGAGGGAGGAGAGGAGAUGGAGGCGUCUUUCCUUGGAUGAAGUUUCCCAGUCCAGCUAUGAUCAGGAGACUUGGGACAGACAGCGAGACCAUAGAGUUGAAAGGCAGAGAAAUGGGAGUCAUCACAAUAGGUCCCAGAAUUCCAGGCCAAAUGCAUCAUCCAUGUUGCAUGGUAGGAGCAAUCUUGAUGCCUAUCCUGCAGAUGCCAGAAGGGAGUACUCUGGCCGGCAGUACUCUGACCGAAGAUAUGAGCGUUCAGGGAGGCGGGCCUAUCAACACCUCAGUAGGAGGGACAGUGACUCUGAUCACCGGGGCCACCGACAUCGCAGCUAUUCUCCACCAUCCCAUUGGGAUUCCUGGAGCUCAGCUGAUAACUAUGAGCGCUCCCAGGAGAAUAGCAGGAGACAUCGCGAACACCGUUCUCCAGACUGGCCAGAAGAAAAGCCCCCUAGUUAUCGUUCAGUAGAAAUCACUCCAACCAAAAGCAGCAAAUCCAGAUAUCUUACAGAACAACAAUCGGAAAAAGGCAGCUCUCGCAGCGGUAGAAGUGUUGUCAUUUAGCCUUUUUGCUUCACCACUACAUCAAGUUGUUUAGCUUCAUUUCUCCAAACAAGAGACAUGUGUCUUUGGCUGAGGCUUUUAAUCAUCGAGUGGAAAACACUGUCAAGAGAUCUGUGCCUCCUCAUUGGUUUUGGCCCACCUUUCCUGGGAUGCUUGGGUUUCCACAAAGUUCCAUGCAAUGGUUCAUAAAAACACAAUUCCUUCAUGAAAGCAUUUCUUUGCCUUGAAGUGGAACUCCCAUCUAAGAAUCCAUUUUGCCUUCCUUCCUAAGGAUCAGGAAAGACUCAGUUUUUUUCAAAGUAGGUUGACUUAGCAAACUAAUCGGAACUGUAAUAUCACAGGGACAAUAUCACGUGGUAUGAUGCGUAAAUGCUGCAUGGUAAUACUGCAUGGUGAUGACAGGAUCUAAUGCUGAGCUGGUAUAACUUUAACGAGAUCAGGCUAAGCACUCCUGACCCUACAGUCUCAGGCAUGUGUUGUUUAAAGUAAAUUUAUAUUCAUUCCUCAAAGUAAAUAUGGUUAAGAUCAGAAUUAAA